AUGUCUACUGCUAAAUUGGCAAUCAAGAAGGUCACUGUUAUUGGGUCGGGCCUCAUGGGCGCUGGAAUCGUCCAAGUCGCAGCCCAAGCCGGUCUCUCCGUCACAAUGGUAGACCUAAACCCCGAUUUCCUCGCAAAAGGCACCUCCAUAAUCACAAACAGUCUCAAACGAGUCGCAAAGAAACAAUUCCCUGCUUCCCCAACAGACCAGCAAUCUCUAAUCACAUCCAUAAUGAAAAACAUUUCCACAUCAACUGACUCGCUCGCGUCUGUCGCAUCCACCGAUCUAGUCGUUGAAGCAAUCGUUGAAAACUUGGGCAAAAAGCAGGAAUUGUUUCGAAUGCUGGAUGGUGCUGCACCAUCACAUACGAUAUUUGUUAGUAAUACGAGCAGUUUGCCGAUUGGGGAUAUUGCUAGUUCUACGAAAAGGAGGGACAAGUUUGCGGGCCUCCAUUUCUUUAAUCCGGUGCCGCAGAUGAAGCUGGUGGAGAUUAUUAGGACUGGGGAGACUAGUCAGCAGACGUAUGAGGCUUUGAAGGAGCUGUGCAAGGUUAUGGGGAAGGUGUCUGUUGAGUGUAAAGAUACUCCUGGAUUCAUCGUCAACCGCUUACUCGUACCUUAUAUGAUGGAAGGCUUGAGAUUGGUUGAACGUGGUGAAGCUUCAAAGGAAGAUGUCGAUAUUGCUAUGAAACUUGGUGCUGGAUACCCUAUGGGUCCUUUCGAGCUCAUGGAUUACGUUGGUCUGGAUACAAUCAAAUUCAUUUGUGACGGUUGGUAUGAAUCUGGCAAAGGAUUGGCUGGUGACAAACUGAUCGCUCCUUCGCCUACUCUGGAUGAAAUGGUCAGGAAGGGAAACUUGGGCAGGAAGUCUGGAAAGGGGUUUUACGACUAUAGUAAAAUCUAA